GGUCGAUUCGCUCGAUUUCAUUCUCUAGCCACAUGCCAGACCCUUCGUUUAUAUGUUGUAUUAUAGUCGACGUAGAACCGUCUCGUGGCCAACACGACUUUUCGCAUGAUAAUCCGAAACUUUUUGUAUCUCGUCGUGUUUCUUCCUCUCGCGCUCCUUUUAUCCCGAUCUUCCCAAUGUCUGACAUCGAGGAGGAGCUAGUGGUAAGAAAGCUGAAGAUCGUCCUUGUCGGUGAUUCUGGAUCCGGAAAAACAAGUAUCGCUCAGAAAUUUUGCAACAACGAGUUCACGAGACAGUAUACACCAACAUCUGGGAUCGACUUCUUCCUGAAAAACAUCAGUGUUGGCUAUUAUAAAAACGUUAACCUACAUUUAUGGGAUGUCGGUGGUCUGGCGCUACAUGGAAACAUGUUGGACAAAUACGUCUUCGGCGCUCAUAUCAUUCUUUUAGUCUACGAUGUUACGAAUAGUUUCAGUUUUGAAGUUUUAGAAGAAUGGAUAGAUAAAAUCAGAAAGUUGAGCAGUAAUUAUGAGGAAACACCAUUGAUGGCUGUAGUUGGAAAUAAAUGCGAUAUGGAACAUCAGAGGACAGUGAAAAAGGAUCGAACACACAAAUUUGCCGCAGACAAUGGAUUCCCGUCUCAUGAUGUUUCCGCUAGAACCGGUGAAGCGGUUUCUUUGUGCAUAGUAACUUUAGCUGCGCAAAUCUUGGGUGUUCGAUUAACGAAAACAGAUCAAGACUAUCACAAGCCUAUAAUAAUCGCGGAAAUAGGUGACACAGUAGACAUGAACACGGUUCAAAAAGUUGUUAAAAGAAUCCCCACAAAAAGACAUACUCAAAUUCCCUUUCAUCCCCAUUUCCCUAGCUCGAAAUCAGCAGUUUGCGUGUUGCAAUAAAAAUUAUCGCAAUGAGAAGUGAUUUUUAUAACAUACAAUAUUUUUUUCACGCACAGCUAGAACAGAUUUUGUACAAAAUAGAAUAGAAACGAGAAAUGACGUGUACAUAAGAUGUUUGAGCAAAUAUUUUUGACUACUUUCUUACUAUUUCUUAUUACAUAAGAGUUCACAAUAUUACUUUGAGGGGCCAAUAUAAUAAACCACUAGUGUCUUCUUCGUAGAUUUAAAAACAAAUUUAUUUAUCGAUAAGAUCUUACUACUUACGAUAAUAUCAUCAAUCAACGUAACAAACGUUGUUAAAAAUAUUUUUACAAUAAUGGUAAUAUUAUUCAUUAUAAUGAUGUACAUAUACUGUUGAUUGAAUAUAUGUCAUGAGUUUGUAUUCGAAUCUUCGAUAAUUUUAUAUAAAUGCUUGUGGAAAGAUUCUUUAAUAUUGAAAAUUAUUAAUUAAGAAAUCAUGAUAUAAGAAAAAUUCUGUAAUUGAUUGUAAAUAUUCUGUAAGAUUAAGUAAAAUAUUAUAACAGUUCAAAGAUCGAGAGAAAAAUUAUUCGAUCGUUAAAGAAAUUGCAGAUAUAUCUCUAUUUUUAUAAACUAUUGAUUCACUGAUUUUUUCUAUAACUAAUUAAUCUAAUUAUUAAUGGCACUAAUCAUGCAAAACAAUACGUAUACUAAAAUCAUAAACAUACAAAACAAAACGCAUACAACAAGGAAACGAAUAUUUAACAAAUAAGAAUAAGUAUGUGUAAACCGCAGUAUGUGCGUAUUAAAA